UAUAUGGCAACUAUAACGAAAAUUUGGUUGGUGAUUUUAUCAGAAGCAAAGAAUAUUGCAUAGAUUAAAUUAGUUUGGAAAUUUUAAUUUUUAUAUUUAAAUAUUAACUAUAUUAAUUCAAGUCUGAAAUUUUUUUAAAUUGUACGCGUAAAAGUUAUGGGUGACUCAAAAAAUCCGGAUGAUUUGGCUACCGCCAUUCUGAAGAGAAAAGACCGCCCGAAUAGACUUCUUGUAGACGAAGCCGAAAAUGAUGAUAACUCCGUUGUGUCUUUAUCUCAAACAAAAAUGGACGAACUACAGUUAUUCCGCGGGGAUACUGUGCUAUUAAAAGGAAAAAGGCGGAAAGAAACUGUUUGUAUAGUUUUGUCUGAUGAAAAUUGUCCGGAUGAAAAAAUUCGCAUGAAUCGCGUAGUAAGAAACAAUCUGUGUGUGCAUCUUUCUGACGUUGUAUCAAUUCAAUCAUGUCCAGAUGUGAAAUACGGAAAGCGGGUCCGUAUCUUACCUAUUGAUGACACGGUUGAAGGAAUAACUGGGAAUCUGUUUGAUGUUUAUUUGAAACCAUACUUUUUGGAAGCUUAUCGGCCCAUUCACAUGGGAGAUAAUUUUGUAGUACGUGGUGCAAUGCGAGCUAUUGAAUUUAAAGUUGUUUUAACAGAUCCUGAACCGUAUUGUAUUGUUGCACCUGACACUGUCAUAUUUUGUGAUGGUGAUCCAAUUAAACGUGAGGAGGAAGAAGAGUCUUUGAAUGCAGUUGGAUAUGAUGAUAUUGGUGGUUGUCGAAAACAAUUGGCCCAAAUAAAGGAAAUGGUUGAACUGCCACUGCGCCAUCCGUCGCUUUUUAAAGCGAUAGGAGUAAAACCUCCGCGAGGAAUAUUAAUGUAUGGGCCUCCUGGAACGGGUAAAACUCUAAUUGCCCGAGCUGUAGCUAAUGAAACAGGCGCAUUCUUUUUCUUAAUAAAUGGUCCAGAAAUUAUGUCGAAAUUGGCAGGUGAAUCUGAAUCUAAUUUAAGAAAAGCUUUUGAGGAAGCCGAAAAAAAUUCUCCAGCUAUAAUAUUUAUUGAUGAAAUAGACGCAAUAGCACCAAAGCGCGAUAAGACACAUGGUGAAGUUGAACGCCGUAUUGUGUCACAAUUGCUUACACUGAUGGAUGGGAUGAAGAAAAGUUCGCAUUUAAUUGUGAUGGCGGCAACAAACCGGCCAAACUCAAUCGAUCCUGCUUUGCGCCGUUUUGGUCGUUUUGAUCGGGAAAUUGACAUUGGCAUUCCAGAUGCAACUGGUCGAUUAGAAGUAUUAAGAAUCCACACUAAAAAUAUGCGAUUACAUGAUGACGUAGAUUUAGAGCAAAUUGCUGCUGAAACCCAUGGACAUGUUGGAGCUGAUUUAGCGUCACUAUGCUCCGAAGCAGCUUUGCAACAGAUACGUGAGAAAAUGGACCUUAUUGACUUAGAAGAUGAUAAGAUCGAGGCCGAUGUUUUGAAUUCAUUAGCUGUAACAAUGGAUAACUUUAGAUAUGCUAUGACUAAAUCAAGUCCUUCAGCGUUACGAGAAACCGUAGUUGAAGUUCCAAACACGACUUGGAACGAUAUUGGCGGGUUAGAAAAUGUCAAGCGGGAAUUACAAGAAUUGGUGCAAUAUCCAGUUGAACAUCCCGAUAAAUUCCUAAAGUUUGGCAUGCAACCAAGUCGUGGUGUGCUGUUUUACGGUCCACCAGGUUGCGGUAAAACUUUAUUGGCCAAAGCAAUCGCAAAUGAAUGUCAGGCCAAUUUUAUUUCUGUGAAGGGUCCUGAGUUAUUAACAAUGUGGUUUGGUGAGUCUGAAGCUAACGUUCGUGAUAUAUUUGAUAAAGCACGAUCCGCUUCGCCAUGUGUGUUGUUUUUCGACGAACUUGAUUCUAUUGCUAAAUCUCGUGGCGGAAAUGUAGGUGAUGCUGGAGGAGCGGCCGAUCGUGUGAUUAAUCAAAUUUUAACUGAAAUGGAUGGCAUGGGAGCUAAAAAAAAUGUAUUUAUUAUUGGAGCUACGAAUAGGCCAGACAUCAUUGACCCAGCUAUACUACGUCCUGGUCGCUUAGAUCAGUUAAUAUAUAUUCCAUUACCAGAUGAAAAAUCCCGUGAAGCAAUUUUAAAAGCCAAUUUAAGAAAAUCACCUCUAGCGAAAGAAGUUGAUCUUGGCUUUAUUGCAAAGGUCACUCAAGGUUUUUCUGGAGCAGAUUUGACAGAAAUCUGUCAGCGUGCAUGCAAAUUGGCUAUUAGACAAGCUAUUGAAGCAGAAAUUAAAAGAGAACGAGAAAGAGCUGGAAAUCAAAGCUCGGCUAUGGACAUGGAUGAAGAUGAUCCGGUGCCCGAAAUUACAAGAGGUCAUUUUGAAGAAGCUAUGAAAUUUGCCCGUAGAUCAGUAUCUGACAACGAUAUUCGUAAAUAUGAAAUGUUCGCCCAAACUUUGCAACAAUCUCGUGGAUUUGGUUCUAAUUUCAGAUUUCCAUCUAGCGCAGGAUCGUCAUCUCAAGGUACAGGUCCAAAUCAACCCUCAAAUCCCCCCGGUGAUAAUGGCGAUGACGACCUUUACAGUUAAACUUCGUCUUAUAUAGUAAUAUAAUUUCAUAAAACUAUAAAGAAUAAUAAAGUGUAUUAGGAACUUCAACAACCAACUCCUCAAGUUACAACAUUUUUCAUAAAGAACAGGAAAAAAUUAUAUAAAAUUAAAAUAAUUUAAAUAAAAAAAAACCGAAAUUAAAAAAACCACUCAAAUUGAACAAAUUGAUUAAAAUUAUAUAAACACAAAAAAACAUGUAUCUUAAUGUCGGCCUUUGACAGUGCUGUACGUUUUUUAAUAGAACGGACAAAAAACCCUUGUAUGUUAAGGAAAGAAAAAGAAAAAUAAAAAUUACUUAGUUCAUUUGGUUAGGUACUUCCUUUGUUCUUUUAAUAAGAAUUCAAAAGGCCAGGUACGUAGUUUAAAUUGAACUCCUUUUUUUAAUUUUAAUAUUUAUGUAAAAUGAAUUGAAUUUAAAUAAAUUGGGUAAUAAAUUUGCUUGGUUUUUGUACCAGA